AUGAGUGGUCGAGCCUCUGACCAUCUAGUAUCACAUAAUAGCGAUCAUCCAUCAAAGUCUAAAUCUAGACAGGCUUUGACAGCGACUGCUUUCUUCUUAUUAGGCGCCAUUGUUAUAUUAAUACCUGCUCUUAUUCUUAUUUUACGUAAAGCAAAUUGUCCUGAUCCACCAUCACCACCAGGACCUCCUGCAUGGAAUAGUAGUGAUUAUUUAUCAAAUAGUGAUUACUAUAGUCAAUUACCAGAAGCACGUGAUUUUACACAAUUAGAUAAUCUUCGUUUGGAUCGUCUUUCAUCUCCUCGAUUUCAUCCAAAAAAUGGAAAAACAGUUAUUUAUCUUAGAAAACAAUAUCAUAUGCCUGAUCUUAAAGGUUCAACAACAACUCUUCAUUGGAUUGAUUUAGAUACAAAUAAAACAGUUCAAUUAACACGACCUAUUUGGGGUAUUAAUGAUCAACAAUUCUAUUGGGUAGAUGAUAAAGCAAUUCUUUUUCUAUCUAAUCGAGGAUCAUCUGGUCUUAAUCAAUUAUUUCAACUUAAUUUACCUGAUGAUGUAUCAGCUAUUGGCAAUUUUCUUGAACCAACUCAAAUUACUGAUUAUCCAUUAGAUAUUGAUAAUUUAUUAGUUAACAAACAAGGAACUCGUCUUGCAUUUAGUUGUCAAGUCUUUGCUAAUUUAACUGUUCAACAAACAGCUGAUCGUCAUGCAACAGAUAAAGCUAGUGGUAGUUUAGUUUAUAAAUUUGAUAAAUUAUUUAUUCGUCAUUGGGAUGAAUAUAUGCUUGGACCACGUCAUCAUCCAUUUGUUGUUUCUAUUCAACAAACAAAUGGCAUAUAUAAUUUUACAAAAGCACCUACUGAUGUUCUUUUUAAUAUUGAUAGUGAUGCACCAACAAGACCUUUUGGUGAUGGUAAAGCUGAAUGGUCAUUUAGUGCAAGUGGAAAUAAAUUUGCUUAUACAAGACAACAUGAUGAAAAUAGUUCAGUUGCUUGGUCAACAAAUUUAGAUAUAUUUACUGUUGAUUUGACUGCAGAUACUUUAACAUCUGUAUGUAUUACAUGUGAUAAUCAUGCAGCUGAUACAAAUCCAUCAUUUUCACCAAUUGAUGAACAUGUUUUAGUUUAUCGAGCACAAGCAGUUCCUGGUUAUGAAUCAGAUCAAUUCAAAAUUAAAUUUUUCAAUGGUAGUAAUCCAAACACAACUCUUCUUGAUAGUUGGGAUCGUAGUAUUCAAGCUAUUACAUGGUCAUUAGAUGGUAAAUCACUUUUUCUUGAAUUAGGUGAAGAAGCACGUAAUGUUAUUUAUAAAUUGUCUAAUAUCUCAUCUCCAAUAUCAACUCCUACUCGUCUUAUACGCGAGGGUUCAUCACAUGAUAUAAAUCUUCAUCCAACAGAUAAUGACGUAUUUCUAUAUACUCAUGACAGUAUUACUGCACCACCUAAUGUUUAUUUAUAUUCAUCACCAACAUCAAUGCGACCUGUGACUGUUCAUAAUAAUCAUCUUUUAUCUAAAGUACGAAUGGGUAAAGUAGUAGAAGCAUUUAGUUUUAAUGGUUCACAAAAUGAAAUGGUAUGGGGUUGGUAUGUCGAACCAGUAAAUGGUACAGCUGAACCAGCUCCACUUGCUCCACUUGCUUUUCUCAUUCAUGGUGGUCCACAAAGUAGUUGGUAUGAUGCAUGGAGUUUUCGUUGGAAUUAUCAAGCAUUCUCAGCACAAGGUUAUGCUGUAAUUGCUAUUAAUUUUCAUGGAUCUGAUUCCUAUGGACAAAAAUUUACUGAUAGUAUAACUGGUCAUUAUGGUACAUUACCAUAUGAAGACUUACAACUAGGUCUUACAGCAGCUAUAGAACGUUAUCGUAUUAAUGGAACUCGAGCUGCAGCUUUAGGUGCUAGUUAUGGUGGAUUUAUGAUAAAUUGGAUUGCUGGACAUCCUGAAAUGAGUCAUCGUUUUAGAACUCUUAUUUGUCACGAUGGUUUAUUUGACAUGCGAGGAAUGGCUUAUUCUACAGAAGAGUUAUGGUUUAGUGAACAUGACGCUGGUGGUUUUACUCCUUACGAGAAUCCAGAAGCAUUUGAACAAUUUAAUCCUGUCAAUCAUGUCGCAAAUUGGAGUCAACCAAUGUUAGUUAUUCAUGGUGGUCGUGAUUAUCGUGUACCUGAUACACAAGGUAUUGGUGCAUUUACAGCUUUACAACGACGUGGUAUUGAAAGUCGUAUGCUCUAUUUACCUAAUGAAAAUCAUUGGACAUUAAAUCCAUUCAAUUCACUUAUUUGGUAUCAAGAAGUACUUGAUUGGAUGCACCGUUUGACAAUAUAA